CCAGCAGAGUACCGGCCGUAUCUCCGGUGGUUUUGGUCAAAGCGCUGAGCGGAAAUCGGGCGCGGGUCGUCUUGCGUCAAUAAUAGGAGCACCAUGGCAAAUACUGAAAUCACAGUGGAUUCCAGAUCCACCAAAAGUGCAGGACUAAGAAUCUUCCACGGUAGCAAGUCAGCAGAAUCUGAAUUGUGGUCAGACAGCUACAAAAUGGAUUAUCCAGAAAUGGGGUUAUGUAUAGUAAUCAAUAAUGAAAAUUUUCACCCAAACACUGGCAUGUCAUUUCGUUAUGGUACGGAUGUAGAUGCAGCACACCUUGGGGAUACAUUCAAGAACUUGAAAUAUGAAGUCAGGAAUCAAAAAGAUCUGACAUGUAACGAAAUAAUUGAAUUAAUGUACAAUGUUUCUAAAGAAGAUCACAGCCAAAGGAGUAGUUUUAUUUGCGUGAUCCUAAGUCACGGUGAAGAAGGAGUCAUCUUUGGGACAGAUGGACCUAUUGAACUGGGAAGAUUGACAUGUUUCUUUAAAGGGGAUAGAUGUAGAAGUCUAACAGGAAAACCAAAGCUUUUUAUUAUUCAGGCAUGUAGAGGCACAGAGUUGGAUUGUGGUAUUCAGACAGACAGUGGCCCUCUUCACGGUGUCACUGGUGAGGACACAAUGUGCCAGAAAAUACCUGUUGAGGCAGAUUUCUUAUAUGCAUAUUCUACAGCCCCAGGCUACUAUUCUUGGAGAAAUUCAAAGGAUGGUUCAUGGUUUAUCCAAUCACUUUGUGCAAUGCUGAAACAGUAUGCUCACAAGCUUGAGAUUAUGCAGAUCCUUACCAGAGUUAAUCGGAAGGUUGCCACAGAAUUUGAAUCUUUCUCCUCUGACACUGAUUUCCAUGCAAAGAAGCAGGUGCCAUGUAUUAUGUCCAUGCUUACUAAAGAUCUAUAUUUUUCCCCCUAA